AUGCCUCUGUCGCUAGACGAUCCAAACCAUCCCACCCAGUGGGUCAGAAGGCAAAUAAAAGACUUCAACGACCAUUACGACAAAUAUUUUGGACCAGAACGCUGCAAACGGUAUGAGAGCAACGGGCAAAAGCUUGUCAAACUCAAGUCGGAGCUUAACCAAGCCCAUGCCUCGUUUGACGACCUGGAAGGAGACCACGAAGACGCUCAAGACGAUAUCCAGCGCCUCCGAAACCAGCUCGGCAAGGUCGACAAGUCUCUGAAAGACAAAGAAAAAGAACUACAGACACAGAAGAAGGAACUUGCGAAGAAGGAUGCAGACCUCAAGAAGGCCGAUCAAGAACACGCGAGCCUCAAAAAUCAGCUCAACCAGGCCAAAGGGGCCAAAAAGUCUCUGGAAGGCAAGCAAAAAGAGCUAGAGACAAAGAUGAAGAAGAAGGACGCAGACCUUAAAAAGGCUGACCGAGAAAACGCGAGCCUCAGAAAUCAGCUCAACCGGGCCAGAGAUGAUUAG